AGGAAGUUGGGGGACGGGCUGUUCCUGCAGUGCUGUCAGGAGGUGGCGGCCGAGUACCCCGAGAUCACCUUCCAGAACAUGAUCGUGGACAACACCACCAUGCAGCUGGUGUCGAGGCCGCAGCAGUUUGACGUGAUGGUGAUGCCAAACCUGUACGGGAACAUCGUCAACAACGUCUGCGCCGGGCUCGUGGGGGGGCCCGGCCUCGUCCCGGGGGCCAACUACGGCCACGACUACGCCGUGUUCGAGACCGCCACGCGGAACACGGGCAAGAGCAUCGCCAACCGCAACAUCGCCAACCCCACGGCCGCCCUGCUCGCCGCGUGCAUGAUGCUGGAUCACCUACG